AUGACAGAUAUGAAUAAUCGUCGUACAUACAUUAUCAUUAUUUGUAUUAUUUUUACUCUUAUACAUUUCAUAUCAACCUUGGAAUGUGAUAAACAGUCUAAGGAAGAUGAUGUUCCAUUUAAUAUCAAAGUUCAUCAAUCACCUAUUAUUGUUAUUGGUACUUCAUUAAAUAAAGAUAUUGAUAUAAAUAUUCGAAAUUUAUUUAAUGUUACAUUUCUUGUUUCAUGUAUUUUAAAAGGUCGACCAACUCAACGUCUUAUUUAUAUUGUUCAAGCAGGUUCACUUCUUGGUCGUCGUUCAUGUCAAAGAUUAAAUGUUAAUCAACAAUAUAUUGUUUUUCUUGAGCCCUUUUUCGAUGGGACCUAUCGACCAGUAGAUUAUGAAGAAGUGCCUUAUAGUAAUCAAAUACAUGUUUUACUUGAGAAAACAUGUGGUCUUUCGCGAACAUAUCCAUUUACGGAAAUGAACGAUACUGAAGCAGCCUUCACUAAUAAAUGUCCAUCAGCUGUUUCUAUGGAUUGCCCUUCAGGUAAAUUUAAUUUGAUAUUUUAUCAUAUAAUUCAUGGCAUAAUUGUAGUAACAUUGAAAACAACUGUUGCAUUAUCAACCACAACAACAGUAAGAACAACAACAACAACAACAACGACAACAACAAUGACAACAAUCAAUUUAGUUUUGACAACGACAACAACAACUAGUAUUACUUUGUUAGGAAACGAUCCAAUUGAUCUAGCCGUAUUGUCACUUCUUUUACACGAACAUCAACAACAAAAUCUUAGUCUUGAUUUUUUUCAAGGUCAAAAUCAUAAAUUACUUUUUUCCGAUGAUGAAGUACGAAAAAAUGGAGCUAAUCUAUUAUCGUCUGUUUUUAUUAUUAAUUUAAUUCAUUUGUUUUUUUUUUGA